UAGAACGAAUCGAAGAACAAGAAUGAAUUAUCGCGAAACGUAAAUUAUAACCGCUUUGUUAAGUUCUUAAUAAAGUAAACAUUAUCGUUUUACAGUUUAUUGUGUCUCAUGUUUUUAAUUUGGUGAUUAUUUUGGCUUCAAAAUGGAUCUACUUAAUCUUCCAAUUAUAAUAAUUGAAAAUAUUAUCUCACAACUUACAUACGACGAAAUGGCAAAAUAUAGACUGGUGUCAAAAGCGUUCAAUGAGAUAUGUAUGCGAAUGCUAACAAGAGGUUUUCACAUGAUCGAAAAGAGGCAUGCCUUGGCUCUGAAGACUGUUAAAGCACAGCUCCCUCGCAGAGAAUCUGAACGAAGGUAUCAUCCGUUAGCACGUCAUUGCGAUAUACUAACGUCGAUAGAGACUAGGAUAUCAAUGCUCAAUAUGACAUAUUCCAAGUUUAUUGAUAGUGGCAUGUGUUGCUUUAUACCUGGAAGGGUUAUAGAUGAAAUACAACGAAUUCUGGAAAUAGUAGAGACAUGUAAAAGUCCACCUCGUGCUCAUGAAGUGCUCCAAGAAUUGAGAGAUAUAUCCAGCAUGGCUAUUGAACAUUUUGAUGAUAAGAUAUCACCAGCAUUCCGCAAACGAUUACAAGAUAUCUCUGUAACUAUACCAAUACCUAGACCGGUACAUGUGACAACAAUAUCGUCUACAGCGACAAGACAAGAGUUCAUACAUCUCCGUCAGAUGUCAACGGCUAAUGCUAAACUGUCAUUGUUCCUCUCGUCUCAAUAUAAGAUGUUUUAUAAACAGAUGAUGUUGUACAAACGUAUUGCUCUGCGACAGAAGAAAACAAUCAGAGAUAUGUCUAAACGACAGAGAGAACAAGAGGCCGCCAUUGGUGAAUUAAAGAAGCGUUUGGAUGAAUGUGAUGUAAAAUACAGUGAACUAACUCAUACAAACCAGGCAGUGGGGGGAAAGUCUAUAGCAGAAUCUUCUGUGACCGGUACAAAGUCACAAUCAUUGAGACAUUUCGGAAGUCAAAUUAAACUUGACCUAUCUUUACUACCGAUUGGGAAUUCUAAAUUAAAUCAAAAACUACUUCCAAAUAUAAAACCACGUAAAGCUCAAAUAAAAAUACCCAGUAUUUGUGACGAUGAAUCUCCGGAACAGAAAGAGGACCCCACCCCCUCCACUUCAGGCUGCAGUGGAAGCACUAGAACUAGGUCUCAGACAGCUAUUGGCAGGAUUAGAGGUCUAGCUUACGAAAUAACAGCCCUAAGUAAUAAUUUAUCUAAGAGUUUGGAAUCAAAACCGAAGAGAGCUAUCAAUCGUCAAGAUUAUGGAGAACCUACACCCAAGAAGCAGAGAAUGGAAUAAUUAAAUUUAUUGAUUAAGAAAUGGUUCGAU